AUGGUCGAUCGAAUUGAAACAAAACCCUGUACUAACAAAAUUGAUCUUCGUCUUCAAACAUUAAUUACAUCUCCGUAUGCACAACAAAAAUUACAGCUCGCUGGACUGAUAAAUCAUCGUGGUCAGAUUAUUACAUCGAAUGACUACCUUCGUAGUCUAGCUCAACGAAAACGUCAACGACGAGAACGUGAAGCAAUAAAACAAGAAAUAGUCCUACGAGCAUUGAAAAUUGAUCAAAAUAAUCCUCGUGGUCGUCGUCAUCAAUUUGAAAUUGUUACACAACGUGCUGUAAAUAAUAAUUUUGAGUAUCUCAGUAGACAAUAUAGAAAGCAAUCAUAUGGACGUAGAAAAUCUCGUGAGAAAAGUGCUCCGGGUUUUUUACCGACAGCAGAAAAUGAUAGUGAACAACGAAUACGAGUGACUUCCGCAUACAAAAGAAUAUUAAAAGUCAACAAAGACUUACCAGAAUCUGAUCAUGAACAAAAUCGUACUGAACCCAUACAAAAUGAACAUUCUCAAAAAGUGCUUCAAUGUCUUUUAACACCUUCAUCCGACCCUUCAGAAGAAACAACACCACCUGCACCUUCACCAGGAAAGGAAAAUAUUGAAGCAUGGAUUGAUCAAGCAGAUAGUAUUCCUUGGGACACUCGCAGUUCACCUAAUAGUAUCAGUACAGUAGAAUUACAAGAACUCUUACAUCAAUCGCAAUCAAUACGUGUAAUACGUCUUGAGAAGAGUGUAGAAAAUUUUAUUUAUAUCCUGGAUGGCAACGUACAAAUUUCAAAUGUUGACAAGACGAAACUACGGGGCCUUAUAAAUUUUGGAUUCAUAUUUAAUGAUAUUAAUGAUAAAAUAUGUAUUGAAUUUAUUACUCAAAUUGUCAAUGAACAAAUAAUUAUUAUUGUAUCGAGUACGACUAUGGAAAAUUUAGAUCAAAAUAUACGCAAUGCUUUACAAAUUCAUUCUGUUUACGUUGUUGACGAUAUAAAAGAUUACUCAAAUGAUUUUGACAAAAUUCGAGGUAUUUAUCCAAAUAUAGUUAAUGUUUUGGAUCAACUUGAGAAAGAUAUCAUACUAUUUACAUAUGAUCUCAAUACGAUCUCAUCAGUCCCUCCUAGUGACACUAGUGACAGUACUUUUGCUUAUAUACAAGUAUUAAAAGAUAUACUUUUGGAAACCGAUGAGAAAACUGACUUGAAAAAACAAAUGUUAGACUUCUGUCGUUAUGUUUAUGCUGAUAAUGCUAUACAAUUGAGCUUUAUUGAUGAAUUUGAACAUCGUUUUCGACCUGAUGAAGCAGUUCAAUGGUAUUUACGUGAAGAAACUUUUCUAUUUAAAAUGCUUACACGAACUUUUCGAAUACCGGAGCCGGACAUACUUUUUAAACUACGUUUUUUCAUUCAAUAUCUUCAUCGUCAGUUGAAGUCAAACUUCUCCCGAACAUCAACAAUUGUUUAUUGCACUCAACAUAUAUCAAACGAUAAUUUUGAUAUAAUAUUAAAAAAUCAAGGAGGUUUUCUGGCUUUUAGUCAAUUUCUUUUAACAAAUAAAAGUAAAAUUAGAGCAAAACAACAAACUACCGGACUGCCAUUUAACAAAUCUGAAUUCAAAUUAGUUCUUUUUCAAAUGGAACUUGGCACUACAAUUCCUAAAAUAGAUAUUGAUACAUCUCAUAAGGAGGUACUUAUUAGUGCUGCGACUAUAUUUCGUAUCUCAAAUGUCAAACAAAUAAAUAAAGAAAUGCCUAUUGUAAAACUAACGUCAGAUAAUGACGUAUUGAAAGCAAUACAAGAAGUAACAAAGAAUGUACGUGAAGCUGCUCGUGGAUCUUUUCCAUUACUUCGUAUGGCCAAACUCAUGAAACAGAUGGAAUAUAUUCAACAUACAGAAUAUUUUUGUCUAAUGUUAAUGGAUGAUCCAAAAGCUAUAGAAAACGAAGCAGCAAAUUUAAUUGUUGGUGGAUUGUUUCAUACACUUGGUAGUUUUUAUUAUGAACAAGAACAAUAUGAUCGCGCACUUGAACAACUUGAAAACUCUCUUAACGUCUAUUUACGUAUUGUACCUCCAAACGAUAUAAAAUUAACACCUACCUAUAAUAAUAUGGGAAGUAUCUAUCAUAAACAAGGACUUGAUAAACAAGCACUUCAAUUUCAUAUGAAAGCGUAUGAUAUACAAGUAAAAUCUUCAAAUCCUGAUCCAGAAUCUAUAGCUACUUAUGCAGGUAAUAUUGCUUCUGUACUUGUACAACAAAGUAAAUAUAGCGAAGCAAUUCCAUUCCUUCAACAUGAUUUACAAAUUCGAGAACAACUUCAUCCUAAUGGUAACGAUAUAAAUCUGGCAGUUAAAUAUCAUAGUCUUGCCGGAGCUCAAUUUGCAAUUAGUAAAUAUACUGAAGCAUUAGAAAAUUAUGAACAAUGUCUGAAAAUUGAGCUUAAAUUACAUCCAAAAACUCAUCCAACUGUAGCUGUAACUUAUUAUAAUAUAGCAACAACAUUGGAGGCAUUAGAAAAAUUGAAAGAAGCAAUAGAAACAAUCCAAAAAGCUAUAGCACGUCUACUUCUAACGAAAGAUACAAAUGACGAAGAUGUACAAAUGUAUAAAGAAUAUGAAAAAAGUUUGCGACAAAAACUUUCGGUCAAAAGUUUAUGUGACACUAGUUAA